AUGAAGGGGAUUAUAGCCCUUGGCUUGUUGGCAGCGGUUUGUUCGGCCGAUAUCCUCUUUACGAGUGACAACAACGCUAAUCCUGGUGUUAGCUUUUCAGCAGACCAAUCUAAGCCAGUAUUCAACGAAGAUCCAGUAGCAUUCACAACCAAUGGCGACGCACAAUCAGCGAAUGGACAGGAAUCGUUUAUAACGAGCGGCGAACCGAUACAGUUCACGGAUUCGGGGCUGAGCUUUACGGAGCAGUCUAAACCUGUCCCCAAUCAGGUUCAAUUCGACGAAUCACAAAAGCAGGAACCCGUCGUUUCACCAUCCAUUAGUUUCGAACAUCAAGAUGAUGGAUCUCAAGUCAAUCUUGCUGGUAAUGGAAGACAAACCGCGUCAGUUGGAAGACGACCAUCAUUCAGCGGCUCCAGAGUCAAUAUUGAUGGACAAAAUGGUGGCAGACCAACAAUUUCCUUAACAACUGACAGACGACCACCAUUCAGUAUUGAAAGAAACAACAAUCAAAAUGUAAGACCUACGUUUGAUAAUGUCCGCAAACCAACCAGUCUUUGGGGGGGCAGUAACAGCAAUAACCAACAGCAAGCAACCAACAGUAGAUUCAACUGGCGGUUGAACAGCAAUCAAAGUACCAAACGACCAACCACAAGCAGCGGAGGCAGUAGCCAACCUGGUCGUUUUUCGGCUAAUCUUAGAGGCGACACCAGCACAACCAAUGGCCGAGUAAAUUUCAACCUGAGAGGACAGGGUGGAUCCCAAAAUAACCUUAACCUUGGAGGAAACAGGUUCACACGAUUUAACAGCGGAAGUAAGACUAGUAUUCAAGGUAAUAGAUUCAAUUUUAACCUUCGUGGACAGAACUCUGGCAACAGUGCAUCAUCUACCAACAAAAAUGGUCGAUUUAAUUUCAAUCUGAGAGGACAGACCAGUGGUACCGGCGGAAGAACAUCUACAAACCGAUAUGUCAGACCAUCGAUCAAUCUUAGAGGUCAAACUAGCAAUCAAAAUGGCCGUCUUUCACUUAACCUUGGUAGCAGAGUCAACUCCAACAGUCAAAAUGGUGGCUUAAGUGCUGGACUUUCCAAUCUUAAAAACAGAUUCAACUUGUUCAAUCGUGGAAAUACCAGAAAUGUUGGUUUGAAUAAAGGAACAAGUCAAACCGACCGAGUAACGCGACCUCAAACGUCUUCAAACCGAUUCUCUGUCAACUUCCGAGGAAACAACCGAGGCGGUCAAACCACCACGACUAACCGCAACAACCGGUUUAACCUCAAUCUAAGAGGAGAUAAAGACGGAAUUUCCGUACAUCGACCAGCUACUGCCGUUUCUCAAAGACCAAUUAGCCAAAAUUCCGGGUUUAAAUUCAACUUCAGAAAUGCUGGCGGAAGAACACCAUCCACUGGAAGCAGUAAACUCAGCUCUAUGUUGAACCGAUUUAAUUUUGGAAGACGCAACAGGACAAGCACCUCUGUCGUAAACAAAAUUGGCUCAGCUCUAAAUCGAUUCGCCAACGUCUUUAAGAAACCAACCGUUUCGUUUACACGUCCUUCUGUCACAAAACCAAGUAGCACUCACACAAGCUUCAAAUGGAAUCUCAAUUUGGGCAAAAACCGAACUGUUGGAUCAACAUUGGGCAAUAUUCGAGAUGGAAUCAGCUCCAUAGGAAAGACAAUUGGUAAAAACAUUCACCUGAUGAGUAUGUCUUUACUGGGAGGAAAAGGAGGCGAGGACAACACUGGUAACACAGACCGACGAACCAUCAACCUAAAAGGUGUCCGAGUCAACAAGCUGAGAAAUGCCCACAUUGACAACGAAAACGAUGAGUUUGAAAUUAAGGAAAUUUCCGAAGAACUGUCAAAUACAAGUCCCAGUAAUCAAGAGAGAAGAUCGAAACUCCAAACCCGACUUCAAGGUAUUCGAUUGAGACUUGCUAUCAGAAAGAACCGAACCAAAGAAGACGCAAGAGACAUGGCACGCAUCGUUCGACUCACUGCUGACCUCGGCAAAGUUGAUACCAGUAAUGAAGAAAGAGUAACCUAUCUCAGAAACAGAAUUCAAAGAAUACGAAAGAGGCUCGACAUACGAAGAGAACGAACUACAAGAGAUGAUGACGAUGAAGAUGAAAUCGAAAACAAAGAAACAGAAACCGAGCAUGUUGAACCAACAAAUCAACAUAAGCGAGCAUCUCUACGUGAACGAAUUCAAAACAUCCGACAAAGACUUAAUCUGCGAAGAAGCCGAACAAACGCCGACGAAGAUGACGAAGCCAAAAUCGACAAUUUAGAUUCCGAAGCCGAAGUUGAAACAAACCAAGAACGACGGGCCAAUCUUAGAAUAAGACUUCAACGAAUCAAGGAACGACUCAACGCCAGAAGAAACGCCACUAAAGCAGAUGAUGACGAUGAAGACAAAAUCGAAAACUUGAGCACUGAAGUUGAAAAAGUUGACCCCACAAACCAAGAAAGACGAGCCAAUCUUCGAGAUAGAAUCAGAAGAAUCCGAAUUCGACUCAGCAUCCGACGAAAUCGAGUACAAACCGAUGACGAAGACGAAGCUAAAAUGGACAAUCUUGCCUCCGAAGCAGAAAAAGAAAAUAACCAAGACAGAAAAGUCACUUUAAGAGAAAGAAUCCAAAGAAUUCGCAUCCGACUUGGCAUCCGUCGAAACCGAACACGAUCCGAUGAUCAAGAUGAAGCCAAAAUCGACAAUUUAGAUUCCGAAGCUGAAGUUGAAACAAACCGAGAACGACGAGCCAAUCUUAGAAUAAGACUUCAACGAAUCAAGGAACGACUCAACGCCAGAAGAAACGCCACUAAAGCCGAUGAUGACGAUGAAGACAAAAUCGAAAACUUGAGCACUGAAGUUGAAAAAGUUGACCCUACUAAUCAAGAAAGACGGACAACCCUGCGAGAUAGAAUCAGAAGGAUCCGAAUUCGACUCAGCAUCCGACGAAAUCGAGUACAAACCGAUGACGAGGACGAAGCAAAAAUGGACAAUCUUGCCUCCGAAGCAGAAAAAGAAAAUAACCAAGACAGAAAAGUCACUUUAAGAGAAAGAAUCCAAAGAAUUAGCAUCCGACUUGGCAUCCGUCGAAACCGAACACGAUCCGAUGAUCAAGAUGAAGCCAAAAUCGACAAUUUAGAUUCCGAAGCCGAAGUUGAAACAAACCAAGAACGACGAGCCAAUCUUAGAAUAAGACUUCAACGAAUCAAGGAGCGACUCAACGCCAGAAGAAACGCCACUAAAGCAGAUGAUGACGAUGAAGACAAAAUCGAAAACUUGAGCACUGAAGUUGAAAAAGUUGACCCUACUAAUCAAGAAAGACGGACAACCCUGCGAGAUAGAAUCAGAAGGAUCCGAAUUCGACUCAGCAUCCGACGAAAUCGAGUACAAACCGAUGACGAAGACGAAGCUAAAAUGGACAAUCUUGCCUCCGAAGCAGAAAAAGAAAAUAACCAAGAAAGAAGAGCCACUUUUGGAGAAAGAAUCCAUAGAAUCCGAAUUCGACUUAGCAUCCGUAGAAAUCGAACACGAUCCGAUGAUCAAGAUGAAUCUAAAAUCGAUGAUUUAGAUACUGAAGUCGAGAAAGAAGCUAAUCCAGAAAGACGAUCUGCUAUCCUCGGCAAAAUCAGACGGAUACGAUUCCGACUCAAUCUUCGACGAAACAGAACCAGAGAUGAAGACAGUGACGAGGAUGAAGUUGACAGAUUAUCCACAGAGGUCGAAAGAGCUGAACCGAAUACUGCAGACAGACUUCGUGAAAGAAUUAACCGACUUCGGGAACGAAUCAACAUUAGACGAAUUCGAGCGGAUGCUGAUGAAGAUGACGAAGAACAGGUUGAUGAUCUGGAAUCUUCAGUGGAAAGAACAGAUCCUGAGAAUCAAGAACGUAAACGAAGCUUGAUCAGUAAAAUCAGAAUCAUCAGGGAAAAACUCGAAGAAAGAAGAGACAAUGAGGACCAAGAUGCAAGUGAUGAAUCUGAAAUAGACAACUUGUCCAACAAAAUUGAAAAUACCGGAGAAGAAAAACGAGAGUCCAUCCUCAACAGAAUCAAAAAUAUUCGCAUUCGUCUCCGACUUAGAAGAAACAGAGAUCGGGAAGAUGCAGUUGAUGACAAAAAGAUAAGAACCCUGACGAAGGAAAUUUCCACAGUUGAGCCUAAUAACCAGGGACGUCUAGACGCAAUCAAGGACAGAAUCCAGAGCAUACGGGAACGACUCAGCGAAAGAAGAAACAAACGCCAAGGCGAUGAUUCAGAUGAAAAUGAAAUUGAGGAACUUUCUGAAUCCCUUGACGCUGAAAAUAGCGAUGAUGAAGGAGGUCGAUUCAAAAUUCUUGACAAAAUCAGGAACAUCCGGGACAGGAUCAUGGGUAGGAAUCAACCACAAAAACCAGAAGAAGAAGCUGCUGAUCAAGAAGACGAGGACGAAAUUACAGAUCUCUCUGAAGAAAUUGACAACACUGAUAAUACCCAAAGAAGACAAGAUCUCCGUCACCGCAUCCGAUCAGUCCGAGAACGUCUCACAUCUCGUAGGAAUAGACGACAAGAUGAUAAAGAUGACGAGGAGAUCUCGGAGUUGACCAGUGAGUUGGAAACUAUUGAUCCAAGUAAGGAAGUCCAGAGACAAAAACUCAGAACACGAUUACAAAAGAUUCGAGAAAGGCAAAUGAGAAGACGAAAUCGAGCUCGGGAUGACUCUUUAGAUGAAUCCAGGAUCACUGAUUUGAACGAUGAAUUGGAUACAGUAGACCCAAGCGAUAGAGAAAGGAAAGUCAAUCUUCAAGAACGAAUUAUCAGUCUGCGAGAACGGCUAACUACAAGACGUAGACGCAAUAGCGACGAUGAUGAAGACGAAGCAACCAUUGAUAAUUUAACUACUGAGCAAGAGACACAAAAACCAUCCGAAGGUCGCCUUCAAUUUAUUCGAAAUAAAGUCAUGGAAAUCAGAGAAAGACGAAAAGCUCGACAAGAAAGACGUGAAGCUGAUAAUGGCGAUGAGGAUGAGUUAGGCCAAAUGUCAGAAGAGCUGAAAUCGACCGAUGAAACGCAAUCCGAAAAGAAACGAUCUUUGAAAAUCCGAAUUAGUGCCAUCAGGCGAAGAUUGAGAGAACGCAGGGCUCAGGAUAAUGAUGACAUAGAAUCAGAGGACGAUUCCCCAAAAAGUUCCCGAUGGAACUUAAGGAACGUUGUCGGAAAGGUCGUUAAAAACCUCAAAGAUAAGACAGAAGCUGCAAUUGAUGGUCUGAAAGAUACAGACAAAGAUGUCAUCGACCUUAUCAAAGAAACAAUCGGAAAUGGAGUUAAGGAUGGCGAACAACGUAUUAACUUUGCCAAGGGCAAGACUGGAGAUAUCGUUGGUGAAUUGGAAACUAAAGGCAAAGGUGUAGUUGACAAUAUCAAAGAAAGACUUGACAAUGGACAGAAUGCUGAAAAUGUCAUCGAUAUGAUCAAGGAAAAAACUGGCGGAGUUGUUGAUGAACUUGAAACCAAAGAAAAAGACGUUGUUGACGCACUAAAAGACAAAAUCAACAAAGGCCGACAAGAAGUCAACAAGAUCAUUGAAAAUGUCAAAGACACAACUGACGAAAUCGUUGAUAAGAGUGAAGGCAAUCCUGGGGAGAAAUCCACCGGUGGAAGUCAAACAACCUUCAACACUGGUUCUGGCAACCCACGAUUUUCAUUCCAAAGACCAAAUACUGACGAAGAGACUGACGAAAACAACAACAGAUCCAGAUGGGGACUUGGUGAUUUGGUGAAAAACAUCGUUGGUGAUGUAAAAGACAAGGCUGGAAACUUAGUCGAAGAAAUCAAGGACAAUGGAAAAGAUGUUAUGAAUGAAAUCAGAGAAAAGAUCAACAAUGGCCGACAAGAUGUGGACAGAAUGGUUGACGCCGUCAAAGACAAAACGGGAGGCAUCGUUGAUGAACUUAAAACUAAAGGCAAAGAUGUUGUUGACAAUCUUAAAGAGAGACUCAACAACAGACGCGAAAAUGUUAUUGAUAUGAUCAAAGAAAAGACUGGAGAAGUAGUUAAUGAACUUGAAACCAAAGGACAAGACGUUGUAGAUGCACUUAAAGGCAAAAUCAACAAUGGCCGACAUGAUGUCGACAAGAUCAUUGAUGCUGUCAAAGACAAAACUGACGAAAUCGUUGAUGAGAUUGAAGGCAAUCCUGAAGAGAAAUCUACCGGUGGAAGUCAAACAACCUUCAACACUGGUUCUGGCAACCCACGAUUUUCAUUCAAAAGACCAAAAACUGACGAAGAAACUGACGAAAACAACAACAGAUCCAAAUGGGGACUUGGUAAUUUGGUGAAAAACGUCGUUGGUGAUGUAAAAGACAAGGCUGAAAACGUAGUCGAAGAAAUCAAGGACAAUAAAAAAGAUGUUGUUAAUGAAAUCAAAGAAAAACUCAAUAAUGGCCGACAAGAU